GUAGCGGCGGUUUGAAUCCCGGCGGGCGCGAUGGCGGUGUUGCAGCCCUACGACAAGCUCCCGGCGCUCAGCUCCGCCGUCCUCCUGCUGGUGGGCUCGGACGGUGGGCUGCAGCAGCGGCUGGCGGAGGCGAUCCUGCGGGAGAAGAAGAACUUCAAGAUCAGCAUUCACCUUGCUACAUCCCUCCCCUUACCUCCAGAGAGGGAUCACCUUCGGCCCAGGAUAGAUCUGGUUGCAUUUAUGAUUGACAUCAAGAGCAAAUACAGCUUGAAGAAUGUUGAAGUUUCCCUAGCGUAUGUGGAUGACAGCUUCUUCCUGGGGAAAGUAUGCUUUCUUGUCACUGGGGUUGGCAGGGUGAAUUACUGCAGCGUAGAGAUGAACGCCAUCCGGAACCUGGGAGAAGUCUACUGCAGCCCUGUGCUAUUCUGUGAGCUGGAGGUGGAAGGGUCACAAGUUGCCACUGCUCAGCGACUUCUCCGGAUGUUAGAGAUCUGUGCUGGUCACGUACCAGGAGUUUCUGCCUUGUCCUUUAGCUCACUGAUGAGAAACUGUGCUGAUGACUAGCUUCUCAUUGUGAGAAUUCAGCCACAUUCAUCAGUUUUUUCACUUCAGGCAUUCAAGCUGCUGCAGUUGGAAUCACAUUGGGAAGCUUUUUUUGCCUGACUUGUCAUGACCACUCAUCCAGAGCUGUUCCUAGUUGCUAGUCUCUCAAGAAAAGCUUGAUUUGUGUUCAGUGGAUAACAUAGGUGCUGGGAGGAGGGCAGUUUGAAUUGGGAAUUCCUGUCCAUUAUUACAUCCGAAUCCCAUUUCAUGAUCAAGUUUGAGUUUUACCCACUUUGCCAGUGGCCAGGAGCUACAUGUUUUACUGAGAGAAUACUGGAAGAACGGGCCACUAUCCCAAAUGCUGCAUGUCAUGAUUGAGUAUCUUCAUUUCAGUGUCACCAGAGUACUAGAGAAGAGACAGCAGGCUCCUGCUUCCUUUCAGUUGAAAUACAGCACCUUAGACUAAUGUGAAACCUGACUGCCAGGUUUUGUCUCCCCACCAAGAGAAUAAUGGGGAAGAAAGGCUGUCCUGCAGCUUCUAGAUAGACUGCACUUGGUAGUUAGUGAUUCAGCUGUGUGAGCAUCUGCCCAGUGAAGGGCUUAGUAUUUCCAUGCCUGAUACCUAAUUGGGGAGGAAGGGACUAAAAAAGAUAAUCUAGCACUUUAGCUUUCUUUUAGACCUUUAGAGAAAAAGGCUCCAUCUAUCAAGCCCAGGAUGACCCUAGCAACCCAGGCUCCGGGGCUGACCAGAGGUGAAACACAGCAGACUGGACUAUAGCAAUGUACAGAAAACACAUGUCUCUUGCAAGUUGGGCAUAUGCUGUGUAUAAUCCUUUAACUAACAAGUUCUUACCAGUAGUAAUGCAUGCCUUAUUCUUACUGCAAGUCAGUAGUGUGUUUUGGAGUUCUAAGUUAAUAAAGUGUUUACUAUUUAAGAAUUAGUUGCAUGCUCUUUGUUUAGGUGUGUGGCACGGGUUCUAAAACCUAUGAACACUUGCCCCAGUUGGCCCUGGCAGCAAGGCUGGUCCUUGCUGGCAGUUUGCACUUUUUCGGUGGUGGGCUGCAGUCAAGCUUUCAGCCACGUGGUGGUGGCAAAAGCUUUCUGAAUGUAAUCCUUCCUGCAUACUGAGUUGUGUCACCUCCAAAAUACAGUGUUUCUUGAAAUGCUGGGAUGUUUCUUACCCAGAAUUGCAUGCCAGGUAGAAAUGAAGCCUAGAGAGAAUGUGUUAAGCUCCCCUCUGGUUUAAUUUAUUUAAUCCCUAAUAGUCUGCUUCAGUGUUCCUAGGUGCAGAGCUCUAGCUGCCUGUGCUGUUUCACUUAGCUUGUUUCUGACAUCUGUCUGUGAGCAGGAAAAAGCAGAAAGCAGCACUGCAGGCUUAAUCAGCUGUGAGUGUUGGCAGUCCUUGCGAAGAGCUCAGCAAGGCACAAAGCCUGUAUCCUUGCUCAGAGGACACACAAAUCCUAGCUCCAGUUGUACUGUUGCUGGCGGGGGAGGGCUAAGUUGUUUGUCAGCUGGAACAAAAGGAGCUAAACCAUUCAGUUGUGUCACAGUGCCCAAAAGGGCUGGACUCUGGCUAAAACCCAAAGGAGAAAGAUAUGUGCAAGCUCAUGGCCAUGUACGAAGGAUUGGAAGCUUAAUGGGAAUGCCCUACUUUUCAGCUAGCUUUGUGAUCCUGAAGGUACUAGCCAGGACUUUGCCACCAGAGAGGGGCAAUCAUGCUGAGAAACAAGUUUCUCUGUUGGUUAUGCUGUCUCAGUCUUGCUC